AUGGAGCAGUUCAACUUCUCGUGGAGCACUGGGGUCCUGCCCGAGAGCUGGCUGACGGCUGUAGUGUCUUUGCUGAAGCGACGUAAGCCUGCGGCUUUGCUUUCCUCCUGCAGGCCAGUCUCCCUUACCUCUGCAGCAUGCAAGGUCGUAGAGAAGAUUGCCCUGUCUCGGCUCGAAUGGAUAGCUGCCCAGCUGAAGUACUUUGCAGAACAGCAAUCUGGCUUCACGCACAAGCGCUCAACGGCGGACUGCAUCACAGAUGUGGUGGCCACCCUGAAGGAUACCAGGGGCAGUAGGGACGUUGCCAUGCUGCUGCUCCUGGAAGUCAAGAGUGCCUUUGACCGGCUGCCGCACGAGAUGAUCUAG